AUGACACGGCUAUUUUCUACCAUGCUGGUUCGUACUUCGCCCAACCCAGGCCCUAUUGAGCAAUCUAUGGCCAAGAAACUUCAAACACUCCUGCCCACAUUCCUUUCCAUUGACAACGAUUCUCAAAAACAUGCCCAUCAUGCUGGUGUCAGAGGUGCAUCCAACGUUACUGAAAGCCACUUCAAUAUAGAGAUUCACAGCGAUAACUUCAAAGGAAAGAACUUACCUCUGCGUCAUCGCAUGGUCUAUAAACUUCUUGAGGAUGAAUUAAAGGUAAAGGGCGUUCAUGCCUUACAAUUGAAGACGAAAACUCCGGAAGAAAUAGCCAAGCAAUAA